CAGCUGCCGCGAUACAGCUCUGACUCCUGUUGAAUAUAUACCCAACGCCCUGGCCACAGACUUAAAGUCAAAUAGACGUAGCGUCGCCCUCCAGACACCCACAGAGCACAACUUGAGACGACACCUGCGGCGGACCAUCCUCAGAUCUCUCUCCCGAUGUUCAAGUUGCUCCGUCUUGUCUCUCUCGCCCUCCUCGUGGGCGCGCCUUCUGCGUGGUCUCACCAGCACGGACACGACGAACAGGCACCGUUGUUCGACGCCCAUGACUUCGCAUCCAAGUCUGGCUCCAAUGGCUCUCCUACCUGGACAGAGAAGUAUGGCAAACAGAUCGACCAGACCUUCUCUGGGCCGCUCUCCUUCUCGCAUCUCCCCUACUCGCUCUGCUUGGAAGAUGACAGUGCGGUGUUCGACGUCGCCGUGCUGGGGAUGCCCUUCGACACCGCGGUGACAUACCGUCCGGGAGCGCGCUUUGGACCGUUUGCUAUCCGCUCCGGCAGCAGGCGGCAGCGCGAGCAGCGGGGAUACACCCUCUCGUGGAAGAACAACCCCUACGAGCUUGGCUCGAAGAUCAUUGACUGCGGUGAUGUCCCCGUCAGCCCGUUCGACAAUGCCCUGGCGGUCGACCAAAUGGAGGUGGCCUACGACACGCUUCUUUCCCGCCCGGUGGCCAGCGACGAAUCAACCGCACUCACUUCAGUGACCCAGCGUCUGGCACUAGACGGCAAGCAGCACCCGCGCAUCGUCAGCCUCGGAGGCGACCACACGAUCGUGCUCCCAAUCCUGCGCUCGCUCAACAAGGUCUACGGCCCCGUGUCCGUCAUCCACUUCGACGCGCACCUCGACACCUGGCCCGCAUACCCGGGCACGAGCACGGAGCAGUCGCGCGUCACGCACGGCACCUUCUUCUACCUCGCGCGCGAGGAGGGUCUCAUGACGAACACGAGCAUCCACGCCGGCAUCCGCUGCAAGCUCGCGGGCAUCGCGGACCUCGAGAACGACGAGGCCGUCGGCUUCCAGCUGAUCUCCACGGACGACAUCGACGACUAUGGCGUCUUGGCGAUCAUCAAGCGCAUCCGCGAGCGCGUCGGCGACUCGCCCGUGUACCUCAGUCUUGACAUCGACGUGAUUGACCCUGGACUCGCGCCCGCCACCGGGACGCCCGAGGCGGGUGGGUGGACGACGCGUGAAGUCAAGCGCAUCAUCCGGGGCCUUGCUGGGCUCAACUUCGUCGGUGCCGACAUCGUUGAGGUCUCGCCUGCGUACGACAACGCUGAGAUCACCGGUAUCGCAGCGGCGGAUAUCGUGCACGACUUCCUUGCCAUGCUGCUCUCCUCCACUCCCCCCACCCCUCACAGCAUAUGGGGCCCUGCAAAAGACGAGCUCUAAUGCUCGAAUUCAUCUAUGCCAUGAAAAUACGCCUCGGUCCGAGACGUACUGCGGACAAGACACAAUGUAUCAGUCGAGCAUAGCACCUGGAAUACACCCCUAUGUAAACUCGCGCUUGGAAGGCAGAACGUGCAUCCUAUUGUACAUCCUUACACAAGUAACGAACGCCCAAGGUCGAUUGGAAGAAUAAUUACGACAUAGUGUACGGGAGGUGGCAAGAGUGUCCGGGUGCACGGCGAGCGUGCGCGAAGCCUGCAGAGCUGAGAAGAGUCGAAGGGGUCUGCAAGGUAGAAGGGGGUGACCUGAUCGUAUCGUGCGCAUCGUGAAUGUCCGUAAAUAGGUUAAGCAAAUCUGUCUGUCGAUGGCCCCUCCGCCAGGCCUCUACCGCUUCGCGCCCCACUGCCCUGGGGGCUGCGACGUCGCGGCGUCGUACAUGGGCGGUGCAUCUUCGUGCUCCGCGUGCUCCUGCACCGGCGACUCGACGAUCGGCGCAGGCAUCGACGGGUUCGGUCCGCGGGGACCCCUUGGGCUCGUCGGCUGACUCAUUCCCCCGGACACGUUCGUGUUUAUCGGUGCGGGUGCCGAUGUGUACGCCGUGGAUCCACUGUAUGUUGACGGCGCGCUCGGCGCUGGGGACGGUCCGCCGUACUGCGGAUAGGGAGAUGUGCUGGGCGCGGGGACGACGUUCGAGCCGUAUCCGCCGCCACCGAGCGUGUAGUUGCGCUCUGGAGGCGCGAGCGGCGGAACGUAUGAGCUCUGCGCACGGUACGGGUUCGUGCCGGAGCCACCGCUCGGCGGUGGCGAGGCUGGGCUGGCGUUCAUGUACGAUGUGGCGUUGUAUACGUCCGCGCUAAAGUUCGACUGCGGCAUUGGAGGCGGCUGCGCGGCGAAUGGAUCGGCAGGGGGGUUCUGGUAGUCGGAGGCGUAUUGCUGGUGGGUGACGGCAGAGUGGUAUGAGGAACCGCGAGCGGGGUGGCUGUACGAUUGCGCGGUCGGUUGUUGCUGGUGACCGUACUGGCCGUAGGGUGCACUGUUGAGGUACGACGCACCAACAGCGGCUGCUGCGGGUGCCGCACCAGGGGGAAGGGCGUAGGGGUCUGCGUAUGUGCUUUGGGCGUAUGCAGACGUGCCUUGAGUGUGCCCGCUGCCUUGCCUCGAAGGAUAAGUGUUCUUGGGCUGAGCCGGGGCGUUGUAGUAGUCAUCCACCGCGCGCGUGCCAGGUGUUGCCUGAGCGUAUCCGCCAGCAUAGCGCGACGGCGCCUGGUUCGCCUGGCGAGAGUAGGCUGCGGUCCCGGCGCCGAGGCCAGCGCCGCCGGACGGCUGGUUCGGGUUGUACGGGAGGACUUCGCCACCCUCCUCGAUGAACUGCUCGUCAGACUUCGAGGUCAACGGCUGGCGCUCGUAUUCCUGGAAAGCCGGGAGACCAACUUCAGUCUUGCCCGCAGCCUGGCGGGCCUUCCUGUCUGCCUCUGCUUUCACCGCCUCCAGACGCAUCUGGUCCGAGUACUGGCCGUCGGGUCCGGGACGUUCCUCCCUGUCACGACCGCGGCCGGAUGGCCGGCGGCUGAUGCAGCAUCUGCCGAGUCCGUAGAAGCAUCCGGCGAAGAAGAGCAGGAGGAAAGCAGCGAGCGUCAACCAGAUAGAGAUGCCCAUCUCGGCGUGUCCGCCCGAAACAUUGUUCACGCGCGACUUGGUGAGGAAGAAGAGGACGAGGUCGAAGAUGAAGGCCGUCAUGGCGAUGGUCGCGGAGAAUCCGGAGAUGCAGGUGCUGCAGUAGGUCAUGGACAUCUCGCGGACGUGGGCGAGAAGACCGAAGACUGAGGAGAUGCCAGCGAGCACGAGUGCAACGAUGUGAAGGACGAGUGCGUAGGUGACCCAUUUGACAAGCACGCUGGGGAUUUUGAUGAUAGUGUUGUCGCCCAGGAGGGCGUUUACGUCAAGCUGGUAUCCCACCGAUGGUUUCGAACAUGUCGUACCGUUAGGCAAUGUUAAGCAGUAUCCCAGUGUUCCAAAGGUGACAGACUCGGUGCUGCCAUCUACUGUGACCGAGGCCUUGAGGAAAUAGACAGACUUGAUGAUGGGGACAUUGAAGGAGACCACAGCUAGAAGGAUGGUCGCGAUGAGGGUGACAAGAAAGCCUGGGGUCGCAGGGCGCAGGAGACCCAUCGUGCAGCAAAGGUAGAGAAACCGAUGGGUGUGUAGAAGAGGAAAAAGGGAUGGGGGAU